AUGACGCUGCAGGACUCCCAUCCGCGCGAGAAGUUUCUGCCACAGCGGAGGACAGAGAUCCAACUGGCGCAGAUCGAGAACAGCGGGUCCUGGCAAGGCUUCAAAGAGCGGACGGCUAGCAUGUUCGACGAUACAAUCCCGAAACGCUAUUCAAUCAGCAAUUCGAGGUAUGCCAACGAACAGGCGAAGUUGCAGGCCAAGCGCACGAGCAAAGCCGAAUUUCGUGCUCGCCGUGGAGAGACAGUGACGCACAGUGCAUCCUGUCCAAGCCUGCAUCUGACUGCGCCGGAACAGUCGCUCGAUCGCUCCAUGCGCGGCGACACGCGGAAGGAGGUUUCCCAGCUGCAGACGGAAAGUGCUCACUUUGCGCCAUGGAUGUCCUACAACACCCUGUCAGGAUCCAUCGAUGGAACCGCAGCAGGUCGUGCCCACGCUGCAGCACAGAAACAUCUCUCGGUGAGCCGCCUGGAGAACUUCGACUUUGGCGUCGCGCGGGCUAACAACCACUACUCCGCGGCGGACAAGCUGACUAGAGCUGAUCCCUUCUACAUGCGCCCGCGGGUAGGUGCUCAGGGAACGUCGUGA